AUUUUACCUCGUUUUUUCCGAAUUCCCAGUUGUCUUGAACGCUGUAUUUCGGCAAGGCGGAUUCUCAGCAACUGUAUUUACGUCAGAUGCCCUAAUUUAUUAUAUUGCACUGAUCUGAAGAGGUGUGUUCUGUUUACAGAUCUACUGGAGGGAUGGAGACCCAUAAUUUGUCCUGUGCCAUUUGCUUGGACCGCUUCAAAGUCCCAGUCACCAUCCCAUGCGGUCACACUUUCUGUCGAGACUGCAUCACGGCUCACUGGGACACCAAGUCCAAAUCCGACAUCGGGCCGCAUUGCCCUAUCUGCAAUGAGAAAUUCCCCACUAGACCCAUCCUAAAACGCAACGUGUCCCUGUCCGUCCUGGCUGAGGCCACAGCGAACAGUGCCGGUGCAUUCGGUAGAGACACUGUACCGGUUAUGAGGGGCGACAUGGCCAGAGCCACGCCCCUGAUUUUGUGUGACCGACACAAGAAGCCCCUGGUGUACUACUGCCGGAAGGACAACAUGUGUGUGUGCUGCGAGUGUGCCAUCUCCGAGUGUAAGAACCACGAGAAAGUGCUGGUGGAGGCUGAGAAGGAGAACCGAGAGUUACUACUGAGGAGGAAGAGUGUGGAGGUGGGAAUAUGUAUGGAGAAGACUGAGAGGAGCAUCGCUGAGCUGACAGAGAACAUCACCAAAGCCAAGGUGACCCUGCAGCAGACCUCCCACUGGGUGAAUGCCAAGUUUUCCAUGCUGUUGAAGGUGCUAGCAGAGAAACAGGAGUCUACAGAGAACUUCAUUGAGCAGGAGAAGGAGGCUUCCCUCUCCCAGGGGGAAGCUAGGUUGGAGGAGCUACAGGAAAGGGCCAAGCAACUCGGGGAGCGCCAGAGCCAGAUCGCAACUCUUCGCAACCUGCCCGACAUCCAGCUAAUACAGGAGUCUCGGCUGGUGGAGGUCCCUCGCAUGAAGGACAUUCCAGUGGAUGUGACCCCUAACCUGCAGGAGAGGCUCAGCGGGGUGACAGACGUCCUCUCACGGAUCUCCAAGCUAGUGUCUGAGGACCUGGAGAAGGCUGUGUCUACAGCUGUGGGGCAGGACAAGCAAGGUUCUCCCCAGGAUAAGCGCCCUGUCCUGGCUGUGGUCCCCAGUCCUGCUGCUCCAUGCCACCCCGCUGGGAAGGAGGGCCUCAGUGAAUACCGCUGCACCCUGACCUUUGACCCUCGCACAGCCAACAGUCACCUGCUCCUCUGCCAGGAGAACCUACGGGCAGAACACCUGACCUCUGGGCCGCGCCCUGUCCCGGCCCACGAAGCUCGCUUUGACCACACCUGGCAGGUGCUCUGCUUCCAGGGCUUCAAACACGGAAAGCACUACUGGGAGCUGGAGUUGUCCAAGCCAUGGGCCUACCUGGGGGUGACUUACGAGGGCAUCCCCAGGAAGGAAAAGGGGAAAAGGUGCAUGGUGGGAAUGAAUGAUCUGUCCUGGAGCCUCCAGCUGGAUGAGCGCCAGCUGAGUGCCUGGCACAACGGCCGCCGGGAGACGGUGGCUGGCCACUCCCACCACUCCCGCAUCGGAAUUCUGCUGGACUACGAGGCUGGAACACUGACGUACUAUGGAGAUGGGCAUACGCGGCUGCAUGCCUUCCACUGUGCCUUCACUCAGGAGCUGUUCCCCGCCUGUUGGAUAGGGGAGGGCGUGACCAUCACCCUCUGCUCGCCAUGACGACAACACGAAAGGGAAUGACCGUGAUCUAACAAUCUCUUAUAGGACUAGUCUUGGGAAACUAUAACCCUGUUUAUACCUGGUGCUAACAUGGGUCCUUUGUCCUGAUCUUGCCUACAUUCUGAUUGUGCCUACAUUUCCAGAAAUGUGUCAACAUACAGUAUGCUAUUAAAAUGUGCCUGUUGUUGGUCCAUUGUGUCUCCAUUUUGACCAGAUUUCCUUGUCCCUUUAUGCAAAUUAUUUCACAGCUUUCAAAAUAAUAUUUAUUUAAGACACAUAUUGAUGUAAUCAGUCAAUGGUGCCACCUGUCAAUGAUUUUAGAGAGUGGAAUAAUUACGAUUUAAAUGGUUUCUCUGUCCGGAUCUGUCUACACUUGUAAAAUAUCCAGACACUGUGUGUCUGACGACCACCAGUCACAAUCAAAUUACAAUGUGUCUUGAUUGUCAACACCUGUCUAAAAAUGUGGGCACAAUCAGGAUGUUGACAGGAUCAGGACAAAGGACACAAGUUAGAACCAGGUAAAAACGGGGCUUAUGGCAACAGGUUCAGUUAUUUUUCGGGAAUCAUA